AUGAACAAAAAAUUUUCGCCCGUAAAAGAAACGAACAUUGAAAAAGGCGCCAUCGAUAUAUUUAAGCAAAAAAUCGAACGAAAAAAACAGAGCUACCUAAGGUUCAGUUUUACAAAGAGUUACCAAAAUAGGAAGGGGGAAGAAAAUCGCAACGAUGGAGAGAACGGUAGCGCGGCCUGCCAGAAUAGCAACGCGGCCUGCGAGAACGGCAACGCGGCCUGCGAGAACGGCAACGCGGUCUGCCAGAACAGCAGCGCAGCCUGCCCGCAUAACAAAAAGGUGAUACUCAUACAAACAUGCGACACGCACGACAAAUACAUUCUCAAUUUGCACGAGGAGGAAUGCCACAGCUGCGAAAAAGAGGAGAAGGCGGAGGAAGAAAAGGAGGAGGAAGAAACGGAAGAAGAGGAAAAAAAAAUAGGUAACUCCCUUCCAAAGAAAACGCAACGCAAACGUGCACACAAAAAAGAGGACAGCGUUUACAUCCCUUUAAAAAUUUUAUCGAACAAAUAUGCCUACAGCGAUAUCGUCCAGGCGACGAACAAUUUUGCAGAAGAAAAUAAAAUUGCCAAAGGAGGAAACGGAGUUGUGUACAAAGGAAUGUUAAAAAGUUGCAUAAGUGUAGCCAUAAAAGUGUUACAGAAAAAUGAAAACAAUGGUUUCGAAAAUGAAAUUAUCAUUAUGAGCAGAUAUAGACAUAAAAAUAUUUUAUCCCUCCUUGGCUAUUCCGUAAAUCAAAAUUAUUUUUACUUAAUUUAUGAGUACGUACAUUUGGGGGAUUUACGAACCCUCCUUUUUAACCACUACUAUUUUUAUAGCGUCAGGGAUAGGGAGAAUGUAGAGGUGCAUCCGGCUUGCAAUGUGCAGCAGGGGGACGCAGAAUUUUCCCCAAGGAAAAAAAUCCCCCCUUGCGGAAAUGGUAGCCUAUUAAUGAAUAAACAGGGUGACCCUAGAAAUGGGAUGAACAACAGCUUGAGAUUUUCUCUCCUUGCGCAUGAGCAGUUUGAGAGUACCCAGCGCAUGCCCCUCUUCCUGUCCUUCAGCGUCAGGCUGAAUAUCCUCAUCCAGAUAAUAAACGUGCUGUGCUACCUGCACACCUCCUCGCCAAUCGUGUAUCACCGGGAUUUGAAGUCGGCCAACAUUUUGAUCGACGAGAAGUUCAACGCCAAGCUGGGCGACUUCGGCCUCUCCUUCGUGUACAAGAAGAACAACAAUGUAUUUAACCUCACGGGAGGCACCCCCGGGUACGCAGACCCGUACUACAUUUCCACGCACGAAAUAAACGAGCAGACAGAAAUAUACUCCUUCGGGGCGCUGAUCCUGGAGAUGCUGGUGUCCAAAUCGCCCGCCAUCCACGUAGGGAAGAACUACAAUUGCAUCUACAACACAAAUGACAAGUGCCCCAUCUUCUGCCACCGGAAGAAAAGCGAAAAUGAAGAAAACGUAUUUGAUUACCUAGUCAACCACAUAAACAUGAACGACUAUAAAUCGAUCUACGCAGUCCUGGACCACAGCGUCCACUUCCCAGAAUUCCUUGUGGAGAAGCUAACCAAACUCUCCUUCCUCUGCCUAAACCCAAAUAUAAAAAACAGGCCUUCUUCCAAAUUGGUUAACUUAAUUCUACUGGAAAUACAGAAGGAGAGUGAAUUCUACAUUAAGCAGCAGAACGAAUUGGUUCAGAAAAAAAUCAGCUGCGCGAGUGCCCGCUUGGAUGAUAAUCACAAGGGGGAGGACUCUCCCAGAGUUGGCAUGCAGAGUGACGGCGCGCAUAAGGGAGAACGGGGCAGUGGAAACGCACAUCUGGAUGGUAGAAACGAACAUCUGGAGGGUAAAAACGCACAUCGGGAGGGCAAAAACUCCCCGCGGGGGGGCGGCGAGCCAAGGCGCCAGAGCUACCCAAACAGGAGGGACCAAAUCAACUACGACAAUGUGAAGGAACUGUUUUUCAAAUUUAUUCGCGCCCUGUUUGGGGGGGAUAACAUCACAAACGACGCGAACGAUGCGAACGAUGCGAACGAUGCAAACGAUGCAGACGAUUUGAACGAUGGAGGGGUAGACAAAAAGUUAAGCGCCGAUUUGGGCAUCGAAUUUUAUACCAACCUUUUUAAGGCCUUCCUGGAUGCCUGCGCGGAGAGCAGCCUAAAAGAACGAGUCACUACGAACGAGGAGAGGAACGAAGAACAACACAUCCGCAGCCCGACGUUCAAAUGCAACACCGUUGGUAACUUAACUCAAAUGAAAAACUUCCUCUUCGACAAGCUGCAUAAGGAUGUGUUUUUUAAAAAUAAUGUCUUCAAUUCUUUUUCACUUAAUUUAAUGAACUGCCACUUCGCGAGGUUCAUUCGUGACUACUUGCAGGAGUGUGGCGGCGCAAGCGGUUUGGAGGGGUCAGCGGUAGAGAAGGUGGCGGUUGAGAAAAUCGCUGCUGGGGGAGCCGCCGAGGACCCACCAGGAAACGCUACCAACCAGUUACAACUCGGCAGUUGCGCUAAUCAGAAGCGUUUCGGAUAUUCCCCCAAUGAGCGCCCGUUUGGAGCUACCCCCAGUGAGCACCCUCUUGGACGUGCCGCCCCCCCCUGCAAUGCAAACGAGUCGAACCAGCAGAGCAGAGCGCCGAACUGCGGGCUGAGGAGGGUCGGGCCCGAGGAGGACGUGCGCAGCCCCUUCAACUUUAAGAGACACGUGCAGGUGACGCCUCUGAGGGGGCAGCCCGCCGAGGGGAAGGGAAGCGGGAAAGGAAGCGGGAACGGCAGCGGGAACGGAAUCGGAAAUGGAAGCUGCAACGGAAGCUGCAGCGGCGGUGGCAAAAACUGCCGAAUGAGGAACAAACACGCGAACGAAGGCAGCACCUUUUUGAAGCAGGGGGGGGAGCCCCCAGGGCAGGCGCAAAGUAGGAAGCAUGAUUACUGCCCCCCUGCUCGCAUCGACCUAAUGAAGAAUGGCUAUCGCGCAGGAGACCCCUUCCAACGAAGCAACCACGACCCAGGGGGAGACCCCUCGCAGAGGAGCAAACUCUCCUCCACCGUUAUGCACAAAAUUAAUGGAAAGAACAAGCAUAACCAUGUAGACAGUGCAAAUGUGGCUAACCGGAGUAGCCAUCAGAAUGAGAGACCCCCAGACAUCGUGCACCCGAAUCAACAGAACGGCACAGACUAUGAGAAGGGGAACAACUGCCAUGAUGCUAAUAACCCCGUGGUAGGGAGAAAUCCCCAGGGGCUAUGCAAAAAUGGCACCUUUGGCCAAAUGCAGCAGGGUGGACGGAAUGGCCUAGCCAAUUGCGAAGAUGUGUUGAGCCUAUACAGUUCGCCCCUUUUGCAAAAUGAGAAGAAGCCGCAACAGAACACGGGUGCGAAUAAGUGGCCUUUGAGAAGGAACUGCAGAGAGGGCUUCCCCCAAAUGGACCUCAACAUCGCGCAGAAGCAGGAGGAGCAGCAACCCCAGGGGGUACAGGACAAGAAGGUGACGCGCGUGAACGUCGCUGCGGAGGAGGGGAAGGCGGCUGGGAGCUUUGGCGCCCGCAGAGGGGGUCCCGCGCGGGGGGGUGGCUUCCCAGGAGGGGUGGUAGUCGUAUCGGCAGGCGGUUUGCCAAACGGAUUGCCAAACGGAUUGCCAAACGGACUGCCAAACGGACUGCCAAACGGACUGCCAAACGGACUGCCAAACGGACUGCCAAACGGACUGCCAAACGGAUCGCCCAGCGGCGGAAGGGGCCCCCACCGAGAUAACCCGCGCGACGAGGGAGGCGCCCCCCAGAGGAGGGGGCCACUCGAGAACGACGUCAUUCAAAUCUGCAACUUCGCCAACUACCUAAGCUUCGACCGAAACAGAAGCGCAGUGGACCCCAACGCAUUCGAGUGGCUCCACAAGAGUGUGUUCGAACUGGUAAUCGAAGAAAACAAAGUAACCUCCGAGGUAACCUUCCUAGACAUCCUCUACGAAUUUAACAUCUUCACAUUUAAGAAAAAUCAUAUCCUUUCAAAUUACGCCACAUUAUAUGGGUUCCCACUGAGGGGGGACUUAACCGAGUCCCCAUCCCCUCGUAAGUACUCACUCAGUGGGAAAUGGGCAAACUAUGGAAACGUAGAAAAUAAUUUCAUCACGGAUAGUUCAACAAACGAGUUCUUUUUCGAAAUAGCUGUUCACCACGAUUUUAUGAAGAAGACACACACGGUGUUUCUCCUAAAAUCGAAUCGAUCCAAACACCAAAUGUGUAGCGACAGUCAAGUUGUUUUAAAAAAAACGUGGGUAUCAGAUUACGUUGGGAGAAGAAACGAUUUCGUUGAACAAAUUUUAAAAAAAUCCAUUUCCAAUAUGCUGUAUGAAUGUAUAAGUAGGAAGCACUGCCUGUUUCUUCUGCAGGUUCAAAUGAGAAAGUUAAAGAGACCCACCAUCUGUACCGACGUUAGUGGGACGAGGAGGGAGGGCUUCUCCUACUACCUCUUCGAAUACAACCUGCGAGUGGCCUGUAACAGUGACAAUUGCAUUUUUUCCAAUAAUUAUAUUUUAUAUAAAAAUAAUGUUUACUCGUAUACCCUGCCGUGCAACACGCUCUCCCUGCUAGUCUUUUCCGAGAAUCAAAUCAUGAAGGGCGGGGGGUCUCCCGGCAAGCACUCCCCCGUCACCCGCCAGGUCGUGCACUUCCCCCUCUACCCCUUCUUCGUCAACAUAAACAUGUACAGCGAGCGGUGAAGAAGCGGUGAAGAAGCGGUGAAGAAGCGGUGAAGAAGCGGUGAAGAAGCGGCGGAGAAGCGGCAGAGAAGCAGCAGCGAAGCAACAACGUAGCAGGGCACACCUGCGGACGGUCGGCGCCUCUGCCAGUGCGUGCCGUCCACACGUGUGUACCGAACGGGUGCCACCAGGGCCACCACAGAACGGAAAAAAAAAAAAAAGCAAACGCAAAAGCAAACGCAAAGCAAAAUGUAUUGUAUUGUAUUGCAUUGCACUGUACUGUAGUGUAGCAUAGCCGAGGGGAAAAGAACGAGAAGGAAUGCCAGCGGAAUGGCGCAUUCUCGCACACAAGAUCGCCGUGCCACCUGGCUUUUGCGUUACUGCCAUUAGCCAGGCACACGUUGCCCGGUGGACCGCGGCGAGGCACUGCG